ACCUCCCCAAUGCGGCGUAUCCGCCUGGAGUUCCCCGACUCGGGGUCGAGCUGAACCAUAUCCACGAAGCCAUUCGAUAUCUCCAUCGGAACGUUGCCAGUGUUUCCGCUCCGCACCAGCAUUCUCGACACUCCAGACAGCCAUCCCUUCUCGAUCCUCUGUGACUGCUCGGCGCUGUACGGCGCCCAGCCUUUCCCGUGGGAUCGCUCCCACUCCCACCAAACACUCUGGCCAUUCUGGCUUGCGUCCGUCGGUGCCGAAGACAUGUCCCUGGACGACUCGCCCGCCACCACGUGCAAGCGAGGCUCGCUCACCUACCCGAGGUCGCGCCGGCGAAGGGCCACUUCUUGCGUGCGGCCGGACCUGCUGGGCUGGCGUGCCCUCCGGGUCGCGGCCCGCGGCAGGGGUGGCCCCGUCGCCAGCGCCCGUGCUCGCCGGCCAGGAGCCCCGCGGCCAGUCGACCCCGAUCUGCUCCAGCUCGGGCUCGGCGUGGGCGACGGCCGGCGGCUCGCCAUCGCUGCCGUGGACGCCGCCACCAGGGCCCGCCAGCGCACGAGCUUCCUCUGGCGCCUCGGGCCCUGCAUGCGCGGGCGAGGCCCCCUCCGCCGGCCCGUGCCUCCAGACCGCCUCGUGCGGGGCCGGCACCGCGAGCCGCCGCAGCUCCUCCCGCACGACGCGCCGCAGCGCCUCGGCGAUCUGCUCGAGCAGGGGCGGGCACAGCUCUUCCCGCACAGCGCGCCGCAACGCUUCGUGGAGAUCGUUCCCGCUCGGCCCAAGGUCCAGCAGAGGAUCGGCUUGCAGGCGCGUCACGACCUCGCUCCAGGCGGAAGGGCCGCCGUGCUCACGGCUGAUCUGCGCGUGUCUGGGCAUUCCUUUUCGGACCCCGGGGG